CUGGCCUACUUGCUGGCGCGCUCCGCUGCAGCCGCAGCCGGCCGCGCCACAGUCCGGUGCAGCAUGCAGGCCCCGCAGCUCGUCUUGGUCUUGGCGCUCUGCCUCGCUUCUGCCGCCGCGGUGCUGCAGGCGCCGUGGUGCCCCACGACGGCGUCGAGCGGUGUGCAGGACGACAUGGGGCUCUGCGCCGAGGAGCUGAAGGACGCCAUCCUCAGGGAAUACGCCAAGUCAGUAGCAGCCAGGCGCACAAGGAGUGCAGAAAUGUCGGACGAAGACCGUCUGCUGGUUGGGUGCAUGGUGAGCUGCCUCUUCCGCAAGGGACCCCACGGCCGCCUGCAGACGGGCAGCAAGCUGGCGCUGGCGGAGCUGGGGGCGAUGCGGCUGUUCUCUGACGGCGCCAACGACGCGCGGUACCUCAACGCCACGGCGGACGCGGUGAGGCGGUGCUCGGCCGCCAGCAGGUCGCUGCUGCCCGACAAUGGCGGACCACGUCAUGAGUGCGAACUGGGAUUCUUCAUGUUCGAGUGCGUCAGCGACCAGAUCACCGAGUACUGUCAGUGGCAGAAGGAGUGAGCGGGGAGCUGCUGCCGGGCGCCGCUUCUGCCGUCAGCGGACCUCCACACCCGCUGCUUGUGGGAUUCACACAGACUCUUCAGAAAUCCUGCACCGCAUUGCCACACAGAUGUAUUUAUUUUUGUUUCCACACAUAUAUUUUGUACACGUUCAAAAAUACAUAUUCUCAUAAUACCAA